AGGAAAUUGAUGCACAGACAUAUGCAGACUGGAAAGUUGAUUUUGUGAAAAAUGAUGACUGCUACAUCCAUCCAGGUGAAAAUAUUGAAAAAAGUUACCAAACCAUGUACGCUGCGAUCAAAAACACGGGUCGUCAGAUGAUCCACAGUGUGAAAGGAUCUGCUGAAAAUUUGGAACUUGCUUCUGGGUUUUCGAAUAUGCGCCGCGUUAAUUAUGAUAUAAAAGACAACUGGAUCAAUAUGAUGUCCUUAGUUGACUGGGCUUUUAGCAAAAACUUGUACGAUCAUUCGGGACUCUGGCACGACUUAGAUAUGCUUGAAGUUGGGAAUGGAGGGAUGACAACGGAAGAAUAUAAGGUCCACUUUUCCUUAUGGAGCGCAUUGAAGUCGCCUCUAAUUCUUGGUAAUGACCCGAAAAUGAUGAAAGACAGCGUGAAAAAUAUUCUUACGAACCCAGAAGUUAUAAACAUAAACCAAGACCCACUGGGUAAACCCGUUUCAUUGGUGAGAGAAGAAAAACUCGGACACGCUGAACACUUAGCCGUUUCUGAUUUAAGAUGUACGAGGAAUGAUACAAACCAGCAGUGGAGUUACAGCAAGGAAAAAAGGUGGCUCAAACAUGUGAAACUUGACUUGUGUCUAACAGCGAAUGUAACAAGUAAGUUGGUCACGGUAGAGAAGUGCGGCCGUUCAGAUCUCCACCAGGCGUGGACAGUCGAUGAAGAAAGAAACAAAAUAUAUUUCAAUAUUGCAAGUGGAAAAACUUAUUGUCUUGAACUUAAAAGUUGGGAAAUGUAUGGACAAGCAACCGUGAAAAAGUGCCCCAAGAAACCGACAUAUAAAGAAAAGAUUUAUUUUGAAAAAUCUGCAUCGAACACAUCCUCUUAUGUGAUCUAUAAUUUAAAGACGUUUAACGACAAAUGUUUGAAGGUCGGUGGAGUCGCUGACCUUCAAGUCUACAGUGGGCCACUUAGCAAAAACAGGGUAGUGGUUCUAAUAGUAAACAGGGAUGUCGUGGAUCACGGAUUUUCAUUUAAUCUUGAAGAGUACGUAAAUACAGAACAAGAUAAACAUUAUGUGGUCAAAGAGGUGUGGGAGAAAUUUGAAUUCAAAGCGAUCGGGGACACCAAACUUGUCACAGACUUUGAAAUUCCAUCCCAUUCCUGUAAAAUGUUUAUUAUUACCCCACAGUCCAAGGCAUAAUUUGGAAAUAUUUCCACAUGGAAACAAAAUGAGACCAUAUGUUAUUAUAAUUAAUGACUUAUGUGCAAUUUGGAAUUAUAAAUGUAUUACCACAACCAAGGGUACUCAAUACUAGAGACCAGAGUGAUGAGAUUAAUUCCAUGCUUAAAUUCUCUAUUACAGUAGAAAGCAUGCCAUGAAUCAGCCAGAGACAUGCAGUUGUAUCUAGAAAAAAAUCAAACAGUGGCCUUGGUAGCGGGUAAACUAAGGAGGUGUGUGUCCCUUGUUCCAACCCACACUUGUUGCCAUUUUCUCCUUGUAAUAAGAAACAGAAAAAGUGUUGUAGCUGCGACGGAGAAGCAAUGAGAAACGGGGAUCAUCUAACGCACGAAAUGUGGUAGAACAACUGUCCAUGCAUCACACCUAGGACCCGAAAUAUAGGUUAUCUAUCCUAGAUCACACUAAAGUUGUCCGGUGUCUAAAAUUAUCACCAUUGAUUAUAUAGUUGUUUUAGUGCCUAUAUCUAUCCUUAGUUAUGUAAUAAAUAAACAAAAACGCACUAAGACUAGGACUAAUCCAUACCCAUGGAUGAAAAGAAUGAGAUAAUUUUUAAAUGUCGACACUUGAGUUUCAUGAAGAGGUCGAAUCUAUGAACAAAGCAUAAAAAUAAUGGGGAUACAGUUUCAUGUUCAAGCCAUUUUACAAUUUAUUUCCUCUCAAAUAUUUAUGUGUUUUGUAAAGGGUUACGAAAUAGGUUGGUACUAACGCUAUUCAAAUAAGCCCUCUAGGCCUUUCAGUAUGGAAUGAAAGUAAACGUCACAAGGCCGAUGUAAAAUAUAGUUCGGUUGAGACUCAAAUGGCAAAGAGCUUUUAUAUAACAUAGUGAUAUAUCAUAUUACACUAAUAUUAGCGGACAAAUGUCCAAACUUGGCCGCUGGUUUUCAUAUUCCAUUAUAUGUAACAUUAAACAGAGAAUUACAUAAAUAGACAGCCAGUCUCAGCUAAAAAUGUCCACAAUUAUUAAAAAUAUAUGAAAAGAGGUUCUGUCCCAUUACUCUGAAAUUUUGUAUUAACACGUUUGUACAUCCCACUCUUAAACCGACAUUAGCCAAAUGAUUUCACAAAUUAAUACAUUCCUGGUACU